UGUCCUGGCUCAUGGCUACAUACGCACAAACAGGUGACGCAAUCAAAGAGUUGCUGGCGAGCAUCAACAAUAGUGGAUUUGAUUCGGAUUGUGCUCUCAGCCAGAAAUUGCUGCAUGUAGCUCAGCUGACUAUCAAUGAAUCGGGCAAGUGCGUGGCCUUCUACAGAGACCAAUGCAACAAGGCUAAUUUGCAAGGCGUAGCUGUGGAAAAUAAUCUUGCUGUUAAAAAGAUUUCUAGCCUCUGCCAGAAGCUUGCAGCUCAGAUUCUGCUCGCAUUCAAUGACAUGGUGAACUGUUACUCCACUGAGGAAAAGAAGACGGGCGAUGAUGUUGUGGAAGAGGGCCUAUUGACCGUGAAAAUGUGCAAGGCAAUUGAUGAUGCCGAGGGAAUUCUGCACCUUCGAGAAGUCUUGAAACUGAUGAACAAGAUUAUGAAGAGCAUUGAACCUUUUACAGAUUCUAUUGAAGACCUGAAAGCCAUUAAUGAAGGAUUUAGGUGUUUGGUUAACCUUACUCCUCUGAUGACUGAAUAUUUUGAGCUGCUGAAAAUCUAUUUGUGUACCAGCUUAGGAAUGCACAGAACUAGCAGCAAAUUCUUAUCGAUACUUUUGCAAAUAUUUAGUCUCUUAGCAGAAAAGGGUUUUUGCAUUCCCCCUGAGCUGGAAGAAGAGGCACAGAAAUCUGGUGCCACUAAGUUUGAAGACAUCAAAUCUGGAGGAUUUGGAGAAGGGGAAGGAACCAAGGACGUCAGCGAAAACAUCAAGACCGAGGACCAGCUUGAAGACACUUUCAAAGAGGGUGAGGAAAAGGAGGAGAAAGAAGAGGAAGAGAAAUCAGAUAUAAAGGAGGAAGAGAAAGGCAUUGAAAUGUCGGAAGAUUUUAAGGGAAAAAGUUAUGAUCCAGAGAAGAAUACUGAUGAAGAUUCUGGUCCCGAGGAGACUGAAGAUAUUGAAGAGGAAGAUCUUGAUCAGCAAAUGGGUGAUGUUGACAAUGAAUUUGAAGAAAAAAUGGAAGAAAAGAACUGGGGAGACGAUUCAGAAGAUGAAAACGAAGACAUGAAAGAGACCGAAGAAACUGGCGGCGUUACUCAAGAUCAACAGUCCGAAAUGGCUGCCAAGGAGAGUGAUCUUGCAAAAGAUGAUAGUAAAAAUAAAAAGGAAAAGACGGAGGAAGAAUUGGGUGCAAAUAUGGAUGAUCAAGAGUGUGCCACUGCUCCGGAUCCAAUGAUAAAUCAACCUCCUCCUAAGGAUGCUGAUGUUCAUGAUUUGCCAGAAGAAAUGGAGAUUGUUGAUGAUGAUGGUGAUUACAAUGAAGAUGGUGAUGAAAACCCAGAAGAAAUGGACGAAUCUGUGGAAAAUGAAGAUAAUGUUUCAGAUGAUGAUGAUGAUGGUUCAAAAGAAGACUCGGAUGUUGAAAUAGAAGAACCUGAAAUGAAUGGAAAAGAAAUGAGUGAGAUAGAGGAAAUUGAAAUGAAUGAUAAUGGAAAGAAAGGUGAAACACAGAGCGUGGAGGAAGAUAAUGAAGAGGGAGAAGAUGAAAAUGAAAAAGAAAAUGGUGAUGACAUGCUUCCAACUCAAGGUCCAGAUUCAAAAGAAAAGUCCUUACCUGCACCAGAAGAAGUUGAACAUGGCUCAAAGGGAGCAGUCGAUCAGAAUGACAGGGUACAGAAUGGAUCAACAGAUGCUCAGGACUCCAAAGAACAGCACAGAGAAGGGCAAGCUGAGGCUCAAAAUGCCGAAGAUGCUGGACAUGAAGGCAGAAAAUCUUCUUCCAUGACAUCCAAUCGAGAUAUCGAGGGACGUCAGCGCCCCAAACUGAAGCCUCCUUCAGAAAAUAGAAUCCUUGCUGAGGAUUCCAAUCCAGAGAGCAUGAAACAAAGACCUGUUCGCAACCAACGGAAUCUUGAAGAACAUUCCAAAUCUGAUCCUGACGGGAUGGCGGAAAUUUAUGAGCAUGUUUCUCGUGAAGAAGAUGGUUCCCACAAAGCAGUUGACACAGCAACAGAACAGCAAGCAGCCAAACGACCACCACGACAGCAGUCCCAUUACUCUGACGAUGAGGAGGUUAUUGAAAUUCUAUCAUCUGAUGAGGAAGAAGAACCUCCAAAAGCUACAGGUGACGUAGUUUGCCGAAAUCCCAAGGAUAAGGCUGGUAAAAGAGGUAAUGCUGACGAAACAGACGAGGUUAUGGAAGUUGACGAAGAUGACUGCCCCAUCAUUGUCACGCACCACAUCGCUCGUGGACCGGAUUCGACGAUCCACACGCAUUUUGACCUGUGGGCAUCUCGGUCGGCCAAUGAAACUGAGCACUGGCGGGAGCCACGAGAGAUGGAUUUGGCAAGUGGAGGAAGAGAGCUUUCCGCAUCCUCAGAUGAAGUGUGGCAUCAGAUGGAGGGACGACUGGCUUACUUACAACAAGAGCUGUCUGAGCAGUUGCGGCUUGUGCUCGAGCCGACGAAAAUGUCCAAAUUCAAAGGCGAUUACCGCACCGGGAAGCGUCUGAACAUGCGCAAGAUCAUUCCGUACAUUGCCAGCCAGUAUCGCAAAGACAAGAUUUGGCUGAGGCGCACCAAACCCAGCAAGCGAGAGUACCUGAUCAUGCUAGCCCUGGACGAUUCUUCCAGCAUGAAAGCCAACCAGUGCGGGCAGUUGUGCUAUGAGUCUGUGGCACUCCUCUCACAGGCCCUCACCCUCUUGGAGGCAGGAGAUCUGUGCAUGAUCAGUUAUGGCGAGACUGUGAAGCAGCUCCUCUCUUUCAGCGAGCAGUACUCCCCGAGUGUGGGUGCAAGAAUCUUAUCCGGCAUGUCUUUCCAACAGGAAAAGACCAAUUUGGUCGAGAUGCUCAACUGGGCCACAGAGCUGAUGGCUCGGGCGAGGGCCGGAAAUCACUCCCUGAUGUCCCGAGAGACUGCUCAGCUCUUGAUCAUUCUCUCUGAUGGGCAAGGCGUCAACAAUUACGGCGAUGUGGUGCAGAAAGCCAUCAGAAGAGCUCGAGACAACAACAUCUUCAUCAUUUACGUUAUUUUCGAUAAUCCCGAGAGCAAAAAAUCAAUUCUAGAUGUGCAGAGAAUAAUUAGUUGCGAUCCAUAUCAAGCUGAGCCCUAUAUGGAUUCCUUUCCUUUCCCAUUUUAUAUCAUCCUGAGGAACAUUUCAGAUUUGCCCAAAGUGUUGGGGGAAGCUCUUCGUCAGUGGUUCGAACUUGUUACAUCUGUGGAACGUUAAAUUUCAUUUGGCUCACUCAUUGGAGUAUUUCUAUUGAUUUCACUGUUUUUACCUAAUUCAUUAUAUCAUUGUUUACAUAUUACGUUCCUAUUUGUAAAUUUUAUUGGAAUAAAAUUAAAAUCAUUGU